AUGGCUUCUACUACUUACAACGUCGGUGUUGUUGGCUACGGCUUCAGCGCUAAGAUCUUCCAUAUUCCCUUCGUGAAGGAAGUCCCCGAGCUCAAGCUCUACGCCGUCGUCCAGCGCACUCCCAAGGCCGACGAUGACGCUGAGAAGGAUCACCCCGGCGUGAAGUCCUUCCGCACCACAGAGGAGAUGGUCCAGGAUCCCGCCAUUGACGUCGUGAUCAUCACCACUGCCCCGGAUUCCCACUUCGCCCUCUCCAAGCUGGCCCUGGAGGCUGGCAAGCACGUCGUCUGCGAGAAGCCCUUCACCCCCACCACCCAAGAAGCCGAUGAGCUCGUCGCCAUCGCAAAGAAGAACAACAAGCAGCUCGCCGUCUUCCAGAACCGCCGCUUCGACGCCGACUUCGUCACCCUCUCCAAACUGAUCAAGAAUGGCUCCCUAGGCCGCAUCUCCGAGUUCGAAUCUCACUUCGACCGCCACCGUCCCGAGGAGCCUGCCCCCGACGCCCACGCCUGGAAGAACAAGGUCAUCCCCGGCGGCUCAGCCAUCUACGACCUAGGCGCUCACCUCCUCGACCAAGCCGUGCACCUCCUCGGCCUCCCUGCCCGUGUAACAGGCUUCAUCGGCUCCGCCCGCGCAACCAACACCUCUUCCUACGAAGACGCCUUCACUGUGCUCCUGCACUACGCCAACGGCACCAUGGUCACCGCCAAGGCAACAGUCGUCAGCCCCGAGGAUGAGCAGCUGCGCUUCUGGGUGCGCGGUGAAAAGGGUAGCUUCAAGAAGUUCCACCUUGAUAUUCAGGAGGAUCAGCUUAAGGCUGGUAUCAUGCCCCAGGAUAAGGGUUAUGGUCGGGAGCCUAGUGAGCGCUAUGGUUCUUUGACUACAAUCCAGGAUGGUAAGCCUGUUAAGGAGGUUGUUCCUACUGUCGAGCCUCCUACUUACACUGAGUACUACCGCAAGUUGGUGCGGGCUCUUGGUGGUGAGGGUGAGCUUCCUGCUAGUGGUGCGGAGGCUCGGGAGGUUAUUCGAUUGAUUGAGUUGGCUCGUGAGAGCUCGCGCACUGGUCGGACUUUGGAUGUUUAG